AAAGUCUGGUAGUAAUUUCUUCCUUUUUCAUUUGCACACCAUAAUUGACACGAUCUAAUUACACAUAACAUCAAAUUUCCUUGUUUACAUUAAACACCAUAUAUACGUUUAACUUUUUACUUAUUAUUCUUCUUCGUUUCUGCCAUCUUGCUCUUUGUUAAUAUCCCAGCAAGCUUCAGUUUCUCUCUCCAUCAUUCACCCUAAAUGUUUUGAUCAGUCUUUUCAUUCAUUCUCAAAAAUCAAAAUAUACCUUUUCUACUUGAUCUCAGAUUUGCAUGCAUGCCUUUCAGGAUAGAAAAUAAAUAUACUGAUGAUGAUGUCCGCAGCAGCAAACGGGCAGCUUUCAGUUCCUCCAGGGUUUCGUUUCCAUCCGACGGAUGAAGAGCUUCUUUAUUAUUAUCUCAGGAAGAAAGUUUCCUACGAAGCAAUAGACUUGGACGUUAUUAGAGAAGUGGAUCUUAACAAACUUGAACCAUGGCAUCUCAAAGAAAUUUGUAGAAUUGGAUCAGGUCCACAGAAUGAAUGGUACUUUUUCAGCCACAAGGACAAGAAGUACCCUACUGGGACUCGAACAAAUCGAGCGACUACAGCUGGAUUUUGGAAGGCGACAGGGAGAGAUAAGGCAAUAUACCUUAGCAAUUCCAAGAGGAUUGGGAUGAGGAAAACUCUUGUAUUUUACACCGGACGCGCCCCUCAUGGCCAAAAGACUGACUGGAUCAUGCAUGAGUAUCGCCUUGACGACAACACUGCGGAAGUUGAGCCAUUGCAGGAAGACGGAUGGGUUGUAUGUAGAGUGUUCAAGAAAAAGAAUUACACUACAAGUUUUCAACACGAGAUAGGAGAUGAUCACGAGGAAAGGUUACAUUUUACCGAUCAAAUGAAGGCAGGAAGUGCUGGUGGGUUGACAGAACCUUCAAAACAAAUUAUGCAACAACCUCAAGCAGCUUGCUACGGCUAUGCAUCAUCCUUUGAUGGUUCUAUGCACCUUCCUCAACUGCUAAGUCCAGACUUGUCACUUCCAUGUCCACUCCCUCCCUUGAGUAACGUGAACAACAUCGAAUGUUCUCCUCAUCACAACCUAUUGAGGCUAACAUCAGCAGGACCUGCUAGCGCUUUCAACAUUCCUCAACAACACGAUAAAUUUAGUGGCGACUGGUCUUUCUUGGAUAAGCUUCUUGCUUCAAACCAAGGCGCCCUACAGUCCCAGACAACUACUGGAGAUUUGGAUAACCCCACAAGCACACAAAAAUAUCCAAUAUUCCAUCACCAUGCCUUUGAUCCCGAUCUGUUAAAAUUCUCAAAGUAGAUAUACUGACCAGCGUUUAAUUCCUCCCCCCCCCCCCCCCCCCCCCCCCCAACCACCCACACCCCUUUUUUUUUUUUUUUUGUUUAUUCGGAGUUCUUUCAAUGUUACUUAGAGAACUUAAUAUCUUGUACUGUUUUUUAAAAGUACUUCAUUCAUCUUUUAUACUC